AGAUGCUUUCUGUCGCCACGUGCAGGACUACUUACCUCCCACAGCGCCAGUACUAUCAGAGCCUGAGUGCACGCAUAUAGACGAAUAGGCUCUGACAAAAGCGACAGAGUGUACUGCGCUGAAGGCUCCGGAAAGCUUAGAAGCAGCGGGGGGACCAGCCUUGAAUCCUUGAAGCACGGGGCGUCUCGAUCCCACGUGGGAAUUGCUCAGAGCGUCGCGUCCUCGCUGGAACGUGUACAUUAUCGAGUUGUGCCACAAACGAGGCACAGUGCCGUUUAUACGCGCCAUAGGUAUUUCAUGAUCGCGCGCUAUCGAGCUUUGCGUAGCUGCUUAACGCUCGAUCGAUACGACUGCUCAGUCAAUAUUUUGCGAUCGAUAUAUUUUUCGCAGCCAUGGCUCCCGCACGAGCACCUGGGGCUCUCUCCCGCGCACCAAUUCGGCUCCUCGUCCUCGUGUCGCUCAUCUUCGCUCUCGGAACGCACCCUAUCGGAGCUGACAUUGUUACGGCCGCACAGCUCGCUACUGUCACGCAGCCUGUAAUUGUCACACAACCCGUCACGGUCACAAGUCCCGUUACGGUCACACAACCCGUUGCGGUCGCACAACCCGUUGCGGUCGCACAACCCGUUGCGGUCGCACAACCCGUUAUUGUCACGCAACCCAGCAGCAAGCAUCGCCUGUUCUUGCGCAUAGGCCCUGGUGAUAACACUGAAGGCGACUACAGCGAAGGCGAUUCGGCUUCCGCUGAAACCGUAGGGGGGGAUGGCAGCGAGGAUUUGGCGAGAGAUCCUGCUUCCGCUGAAGCCGCUUUCUCGGAAGCAGUUAAUCCCGAAGCAUUUGAUUCUGGCGACAGCGCUCAAGUGUGGCGCGUCAGCAGCGAUGGCAGUGUCGAGAGCAUCGGCAGCAACCUGGGAAACGGAGACGGUGACGGAGACGUAGACGGAGGCGACAUGGACGAUUUCCCGCAUUACACCGUCUUCGGCUUCUUCGCCGUCUGCGCCACGCUCGUGCUGCUCCUCCCGCUGGCGCUCCGCCACGUCAUCGCCAGCUCAGCGCAUCUCGCGGCGUCCGCCGCGCGGGAGUUCUCCGAGCCGUGGACGGCCGUGCUCAACCACCUGCUGGUCGUGUACACCGCCUCGCAAGUCGCCCUUUUCGCCCUUCUCUUCCUCCCGCCCGCGCUCGUCUUCGACAUCCUCGCGUUCCUGCGCAACGCCUGCCGCCCGCGGCGCGCCGGCCACCUGAGCUACUUCAUCCCGCCGUUCCUGCGCGCCUUCGUCCGCCCGUGGCUCGUGCUGCUGUGCGGCGGGUCCACCAGAGGCGCGGGGGGAGGGGAGGGAGGGGAAGGGGGAGAUGGGGAGAGCGGGGAGGGGGAGGAGGAGGGGAUGGUGUUUCUCGGGCCGAUGACGGCUGAGGAGCUGGCGGCGCUGCCGCAGGUGGUGUACGGUGGGGAGGGGUGCGACGGGGAAGGUUUAGCAGGUGAUGAUACCGAUGGUGAUUGUAAAGAGGGGCUGAUAACGAAAAGCCUUCCGGUUAGGCCUGUAGGCUUGUCGGGCCCAAGUGUAGAUAGAAGGCAUUCACUGGUGGCAGCAGCAGAGAGAGGGGCGGUGGAGGGAGGAGCAGCAGUUGAGAACCUGGUCUGUGAGGGCGAAGCUAGUGGGGCUAGUCUAGAGGCACAGACAGUAGCGACAGCAGCAGCACCAGCACCAGCACCAGCAGUGUCAGCAGGAAGCGAGGAGAGAGAGCAGCGGGAAAGAGCAGCGGGUGCAGCAGGGGUUGUGGCUGCAGAGGCUGAGGCAAGGGCCGAGUGUGCAGUAGGCGCUGCCGGGAGGUGCGAGGUGGAGGAGGAGGAGCCGUCUCAGCCGCUGCUAGACGCAGGCAGCAGAGAGAGAGGGGACUGGACGGUGCAGGUGGAUGGGGAGGGGAGUGGGGGUGGGGAUGGGGAUAGGGUGGGUCGAGUGGAGAGCAGCGAGGAGGAUCCGUGCACCAUCUGCUUCGAUGGCUUCAAGAAGGGCGACCAGCUCAGAGUGCUGCCGUGCCAACACAGUUUCCACACGGCAUGCAUCGACGAGUGGCUCAUGAAGAAGCCCCUGUGCCCGCUGUGCAAGCGCUGUGCGCGCCCCCCACCGCCCCCCACCCUGAGGACACACCGCAUGUUCCUGUGGGUGCUCUCCCACACUGCCUCCUGGGACUUCUCCCAAGCGGGCGGGCUCAUGGGCAUGCUGUGGAUGGCCACGCUUCUGCUCUAUGUCAUGCACAUGGGCUCGGAUUAGCAUGGGCUUGUAAAAAGACCACUCUCGGGUUGGCAACCAUAUGUUGCCAUAAUAUGCGACGGUGUAUAUUCAACGUUGCCAUGAUAUCUAUAGCAUGGUGCCAUAACGCUCAUUUGUAUAGCUGAUGUGUGGCAAGCCUUAGGCUCUUACGGCGAUAAUAUAUGGUCGCAUGGCCC